UUGUUGAAUGUGUAAAAAAAAAGAGAGAGACAUGUGAUAGAUACAGACAUGUGUGUUAACCCAGUUUAAAUGCUUGAUGGGUUUUGGGGGGAGAAGAAAAACAUUGUAAUUGUGAAAUCUCAGUAGCGCGCACACACACACAAAAUGCCGGCCUUUGCAGCAGCCAAGAUUUUCAGAUCAGCCUCCAGGCAUCGCUUAUAUUCAACCUUUCAUAAAAUCAUGGACAACCUGGCCCCACCCAAAGCUGGAGCUAGAGCAGCAAGCUCUUUCGUGUUUGACAAAGCGUUCGUCAAUGGAGAAUGGGUGGCAGCUAGCAGCGGCAAAACUUUUGAAGUUGUGAACCCAGCCAAUGGGAAGGUGAUCGGGUCGGUACCAGACAUGGACGCUGCAGACACAGAGAAGGCUGUACAGGUCGCGUACAAAGCCUUCCAAAGCUGGAAAGAAACGACCGCUAAGGAAAGAGCUGCACUGUUAAGGAGAUGGGGAGAGUUGGUGCAUGAAAAUAAAGAAGAGCUGGCCAAACUUCUGACCUCAGAGAUGGGUAAACCACUGGCUGAGUCAGUAGGAGAACUCAAUUACGGCGCUGGAUUUCUGGAGCUGUUUGCAGAAGAGGCCAAACGUGUGGAAGGGGACAUAAUCCAGACCCCAAUAAAAACCCGCCGACUUCUCGUCUUGAAGCAGCCAAUCGGAGUGUCCGGAAUGAUCACACCUUGGAAUUUUCCCAAUGCUAUGAUCACCAGGAAGGCAGGGGCAGCCAUUGCUGCUGGAUGUACUGUGGUGCUCAAACCGGCUGAGGACACACCGUACUCAGCUCUCGCCCUCUGUGAUUUGGCAAAACAGGCAGGGAUUCCGGCAGGCGUGUUAAAUGUGGUCACCAGUUCCCGUGACAACGCUAGUCAGGUCGGGAAAGUCCUCUGUAAGAGUCCGUUAGUGACCAAACUGUCUUUCACUGGAUCAACCUUUGUUGGCAAACUGUUGCUGGAGCAGUGUGCCUCCACGGUAAAGAAGGUGUCCCUUGAGCUGGGGGGUAACGCUCCGUUCAUCGUGUUCCCCAGCGCCGACGUAGACGCCGCUGUUCUGGGGGCCAUGGGGGCAAAGUUCAGGUGUUCCGGACAGACCUGUGUGUGUGCAAACAGGUUUUAUAUACAUGAGAGUAUUUACGAUGAAUUUGUGCAAAAGUUUGGAGCUACGGUGGAGAAGGAACUGAGAAUGGGGGAUGGAACCGCUCCAGGCACCACCCAAGGACCGCUCAUCAACAAGAAAGCCGUCGAGAAGAUCGAGGCCCAGGUACAGGAUGCCGUCAGUAAGGGGGCGAAGAUCGUCUGUGGAGGGAAAAGUAAUGGAGGCAACUUCUUCGAGCCGACCGUUCUGACGGGGGUCACUGAUGACAUGAGGUGUGCCAAGGAGGAGAACUUUGGACCAAUCGCUGGGGUCAUCAAGUUCAAGACAGAAGAUGAAGUUGUUGCCCUGGCCAAUGCGACAUCAUCAGGAUUGGCAGGGUACUUUUACUCUUGUGACCUUGGACAGAUCUGGAGGGUGGCCGAGCGUCUUGAGACGGGUCUGGUUGGGGUCAACGAGGGGGUCAUCUCCGUUCCGGACGCACCUUUUGGAGGAUGGAAGGAAUCGGGCCUGGGCCGAGAAGGGGGGCGCUACGGUAUUGAUGAGUAUUUAGAAAUGAAGUAUGUGUGCAUGGGAGGUCUUUGAUUGGAAAGUAAUAGCAGAUCAUCAAGAAAUUUCAUUAUUGUUCCAACUUAUUAAUUUGAAAAAAGGUGAUUUUACACAUGUUGUAUUGGACGGGAAGGGAUUUGAUAAUUUCCUAAUCAUUGUGUAGAGAGGGUAAUAUUAUUGAUUUUAAACAUGUAUUCUUUAAUCUGUUAUUGAUUUUGUUUUGUUGUAUUGUUAUUUUUGAUAAUUAUUUUCAAUAUGCUUGAAAUAGUUCAUUCAUAUCCAAAUGAAUGUAUUUCAUUCAUUCAUGUAUUUUCUCCCCCUCAUCAAUUUGAUAAACAUUUAUUAUACUUGUUAUGGUAAAAACAUGUUAUGAAAUACUUAAGAAUAAACAUCAUAGUUCCAAGUAUUUGCUGUUUUUUUACAUACAUGUAUUUUGUAUAUAUUUAGAGUAUUUGCAUGGAUAUUUGAACUUGUUUAAUUUAAAGAAUAAUAUUUUAAGGAAGCUGGAUGACCAUGGCCAUUUUUGGAUUACCGAUAUAUUAAUCUCCUUUAAUUGGAGAGUUCUGAAUAUAGAAAAAGGAUAUGUUCAAACUUUAAAGCUGGAAUAUUUGAUUUCUCUCUUCACAAAAUAAUGGUUUAUGGUAAAAAAUAUCGUAUUUAAAUUCAUGGAUGGCUUUGAUGGAUAUUUUGUUGUCUAUUCAGCCAGCCAGUCCUUAAUUGUUAAAUUAAUAAAAAUCAAUUAACAUGUGAUGCACCCAUCAAAAAAAAAAAAAAUCAAUAUUUUUUCAUUUAAUAUACGCUGUAUGUGAUUAUCAAUCACUUUAAUUGUAUUCAUGAAAUGCAAUACAAGGAAUGUAUGAUCUAUUGUGAAUGAGUGUCGAUCCAAUUUAAAAAAAAUAUUUCUAAAAAUAUUUGGUCUAUUUUAAGACUGACAAUAUUUAUCCUUGUUAAUUUUUGUAAUGAAACAGUUUUUAAAGAUGUAAUCGGAAUUAAAUAUUAUGCACACUUUU